CGAUCUAACGCGAGGUGGAGGAGCGCAGCGCAGCCAUGGAGAGGUCGGGGGAAGAGAGCGUCAUCCCUGACCAUCCCAACAACAGCAACAUCCGCUGCAGCCCCCAGGACAAGCGCUGCAUCCAGAAGACUCUGGCCCGCCACCCAGGCAAGUCCACCAAUCAGAGGAGCCACAGCGCCCGUGAGGACCCCAAGGCCGCCCUGGCCCCAUGCCGCGCCGAGCUCCAGAGAGCCCUGGACCGGCUCGUGUCCAACACCCGCACGCACGAGGACCUCUACACCAUCCCCAUCCCCAACUGUGACAAAAACGGAGACUUCCACGCCAAACAAUGUCACCCGGCGCGAGACGGGCAGCGGGGCAAGUGCUGGUGCGUGGACCAGAAGACGGGCAUGAAGCUGCCCGGGCCCCUGGAGCUGCGCGGCGACCUCGACUGCCACCAGCUCACGGUGGCCCAGGUGCGGGAGUGACAUCACCUGGCGUCACGCCGGCCCAGAGAGGGGUCUCGGGGAGUGAGGGGCAUGUUUUGAGGGACACCCCUCCCUCCCUUUCUCUCUCACUCUGAACCAAUAAUGUGCAGUACCAUGUGCUCUCAGGCCAGCUGCAUCCCCACUAGUGCUGAGGUCGUGUGUAACUAUGAAAGGACUUGACCUGAAAAAAAAAAAAAAACUCCACCAACUUUGAGGAGGAAUGGUACUUGAGUAUGCUACAAAGAAAAAAAAAACAUAGAGAUGUCUUCUUAUGUUAUCAUUGUUUUAUUAUAAUUUUUUUGUGACUGUUUUGUGAGCUUAUGUAUGUGUGGAUGGGUGUUUGUUUUUCUUUGUGCUAUAUAUAUAUAUAUAUAUAUAUAUAUAUAUAUAUAUAUAUAUAUUAUAAAGUCUUUUGAGCACUUGACUGUCUUUUAAUAUCAGUGAAGUUAUACAAAUGUGCUGGCUUUAAAGUAAAUAAAAAAGAAAACAAAAGAUUAAGGUUUAUGUGGAAGAGAUCCAAAUAAAUAGCUUUAAAAGCUGUUCUGAA